UUGACUUGUAAUGGACAAACAAGAGCUGGGCGAGAACCUGUAUGCAUUGUUGGCUCAAGAGUGUCCCUUGCUGUCAGGCAAACUCACUGGAAUGAUUCUCGAACUUGCAGACGUGGAGAUACACGAUGUCAUCAAUGACGCCGAAAAGCGCGGUGAUUUGGUAGAAUCGGGUGUUCAAGUAUUAGUAGAAAGCGUUCAUCAGGGGAUGAACGCUGAUUUGAUACCACAAAUACAAGAGACAAUACGCGCAAGUGUGGUAGCAGUGGACAACAAAGAGGAUCGAGAUACAUUGCUUGGUGAUAAACUCUACGGUAUCAUCAAACACUUGGAACCAGAAGAGGCAGGCAAACUGACUGGCAUGUUGUUAGAGAUGGACGACGAAGAAAUCAUUCGACUGUUAUGCAAUCCGCCUUCUCUCAGGCAGCAGGUGGUAGAAGCUAAGCUCGUCUUAGAGGGUAUCGCAGAUGACAAUGAAGCUGGAGAACUAGCCGUUGAAGAAGAACAACUAGGAGAUCAAUUGUUUAUGUUGAUACAAGCAGUGAAUUCACAGAAAGCUGCCAAGCUAACUGGCAUGAUAUUGGAGCUAGGAGAAGAAGAAGUAAAGAAACUGAUAGUUUCACCGGAUCUGUUGAUGGAAAAAAUAAAAGAGGCAGAAGAUGUAUUAGAUCAAUCACUGGCACAGGAAUAAUAUGGCAAUAUAUCGCAUCACGUCGAGAGAUCUAUAUUUUAUGCCCUUAUAACGGUCAGU